AUGGCAUAUCGGGGAGUUUCUUUGUGGCGCCUGUGCCUUCUCUCCCUUCCCUUUGCUUCUGCUUUAACCAUUCCUCAGGAGCCUCUCGUAAAAUGGCCUGAAGACCAGGCCAUCGAUAAUGAUGUGUUCAAUAUCACUGAUUACACAUCCUUGGAUGACUGGAACCCGAAAAAUUGGGACUAUGAUGUCGUAAUUGUCGGUGGUGGCCCAGCUGGAUUGGCCGCAUCCAUGUCUCUUGCUCGCGUUGCCCGAACAUCGCUAUUGUAUGAUUCACAAGAGUAUCGCAAUGAGCAGACUCGAUAUAUGCAUGAUGUUCUAGGCCAGGAUGGCGAGGUUCCACUGAGAUUCCGAACGACAGUCCGGAAACAAAUCGACGAUUUAUACCCUGAUUACUCUUUCUGGGCUACACGCAAGACCAAGGUUACUGGAAUCGUCCCCCUCGAGAAGGGAUUCCGGGUGUACGACGACGGCGGUAGACAGGUUACGGCUAAGAGGGUCAUUUUGGCCACGGGGAUCAAAGACGUACUCCCCGAUAAACAGGGCUUUGCCGAGGCGUUUGGCAGAGGUAUGUUUUGGUGCCCUUGGUGCGAUGGCCACGACUACAAGAAUCGCAAAUUGGUCGUAUACGGCAAGCUUGCUAGUGCCAUUGGCUCGGCCUUGACGAUGAGGAAGUUGACCACCGAUAUAACUAUUGUUACGGGCGGUCCGCUGACCAAGGAGGACAAAGACGCGGCUGAAGCACGUUGGCCGAGCUGGGAGACGGUCGUUAAGAACACUUACAAGAUUACAAUUCGUGAGAAUGAUAUUGUUAGGGUUGAACGUACUGCAUCCGGUACGGAGCCGAAGGACGAUGAGUAUAGAGUCCAUCUAAAUGGUGGUGGCCCGUUGGUAGCGAAUGGAAUUUUCAUCCAUGCGCCUACUGUGCAGACAUCAAGUCUUCAUAAGCAGCUACGCUUGGAGAUGGAUGGAAGCUCUGUCAAAGUCAAGGAUAACAAAGAGUCGAGUCUUGGUGGGCUCUAUGUUGUGGGUGAUGCCAAUAAUGAUGGUAGCACCAAUGCCUAUCACGCCAUGUGGAGUGCCAAGCGUGCUGCAGUUAGUUGUCAUGUCUCUAUUUCUAGACAAGAAUACCUGGAAAGUGUACCCUCAGCUACGGCAGCAACAGCCGGCGGAGACGAAGACUUCUACCAACGCCAAAUUGAGGAGAUAGAGUUUCAGAUAAGUGAUGAUAUGGAGCAUUUGUAUAAGACGCUCGGUGGUUAG